AUGGGGGAAUGGACCAUCUUGGAGAGGCUGCUGGAAGCCGCGGUGCAGCAGCACUCCACUAUGAUCGGGAGGAUCCUGUUGACUGUGGUGGUGAUCUUCCGGAUCCUCAUUGUGGCCAUUGUGGGGGAGACGGUGUACGAUGAUGAGCAGACCAUGUUUGUGUGCAACACCCUGCAGCCCGGCUGUAACCAGGCCUGCUAUGACCGCGCCUUCCCCAUCUCCCACAUUCGUUAUUGGGUCUUCCAGAUCAUAAUGGUGUGUACCCCGAGUCUCUGCUUCAUCACCUACUCUGUGCACCAGUCUGCCAAACAGCGAGAACGCCGCUACUCUACUGUCUUCCUAACCCUGGACAGGGAGCCCCCUGAGUCCAUGGGGGGUCCUGGAGGAACUGGGGGUGGAGGCAGUGGUGGUGGCAAACGAGAUGAUAAGAAAUUGCAAAAUGCCAUUGUCAAUGGGGUCCUGCAGAACACAGAAAACACCAGCAAGGAGACGGAGCCAGACUGUUUAGAGGUUAAGGAGCUGACCCCACACCCAUCAGGGCUGCGCACUGCUGCACGAUCCAAGCUCCGAAGGCAGGAAGGCAUCUCCCGCUUCUACAUUAUACAAGUGGUGUUCAGGAAUGCCCUGGAGAUUGGGUUUCUGGUAGGCCAAUACUUUCUCUAUGGCUUCAGUGUCCCAGGGUUGUAUGAGUGUGACCGCUACCCCUGCAUCAAGGAGGUGGAAUGUUAUGUGUCCCGGCCUACUGAGAAGACUGUCUUUUUAGUGUUCAUGUUUGCUGUGAGUGGCAUCUGCGUUGUGCUCAACCUGGCUGAACUCAACCACCUGGGAUGGCGCAAGAUCAAGUUGGCUGUGCGAGGGGCCCAGGCCAAAAGAAAGUCAGUCUAUGAGAUCCGCAACAAGGACCUGCCCCGGGUCAGUGUUCCCAAUUUUGGCAGGACUCAGUCCAGUGACUCUGCCUAUGUGUGAAGGGGCAGCUUUGGGGAAGGCCUAGGGAACGAAAAGUAGCCCCAAUGCAGAUGACUGCUCAGAGGGUAGCUAUAUCUGCCCUCAUUUACCA